GGCUCGUGGAACGCUUUGUGUUAUUAUUCUGCUUCUGCACUUCGCUAGCUGAUGCUUGCUUUCCUUUCCUCAUUUUAUUCUUCAUGACGAAAUGCUGAUCUAAUAAUAGUGCCGCUUUUUGUUUGUUUUUCGUUUUAAUAUGCCGGCUGUGGUCGCGUCUUCACUAAAAAUAAUGUAACCGGUAUUGAGUAGUGUUAAAUUUGGACCGGCAGGUAGCGGGGCCAAAUCAUAUUUUCGGCAUACGCAAGAACACCUCGCCUCGUAACUCGUCGAACACAGAACGUUGACAUUCCUAAUACAUUCUCAUUCGGAUACGUACGGUUUAGUUCUUAGGUGUAACUUAGCAUAAAUUAAAAAUAUGAGGAAUAGGUAUAGAAACACGGAUUCUUCCAUCAAAGCCGGGGAUUUGAUCUUGACAGAGCAACCCUUUGCUUUUGUUUUAUCGUCCAAAGAGCAAGGGAGCCGGUGCGAUAAUUGCCUGGAAAAGGGCAAAGUGCUGAAAUGUUCAGGAUGCCAGUUUGUCUACUACUGCGGGCGAGCAUGCCAGAGAGAUGCGUGGGGUGAUCACAAGUGGGAAUGCGCAAACUUCAAGCGCGUGGCUCCUAAAGUCCUGCCGGACGGAGCUCGCAUGCUGGCUAAGAUCAUCAACCGGCUGUAUCGAGGUGACGGCCAUUCAUUCCGCUCCUUCUACUCCGGGACUUCCUUCAGGAUGUGGAAGGAUUUGAUGUCACAUUAUUCAGACUUGAAAGCGGACACGAAGAGGAUGGAUCACUUCACGUCGCUCUGCGUGGUGCUGUACGAGUUCCUAAAAGACAUAUCACUGCCGAACACUGUGGAACUCAUGGGACUGUAUGGGAGGAUGGUAAUCAACAGCUUUAUGAUUCUGGACAUCGAUAUGAACUCCAUUGGUACCGGUAUUUACUUGGCCUCGUCUAUCCUGGAUCACAGCUGCGAUCCGAAUGCAGUGGCCAUCUUUGACGGCAAGACUAUCAAUAUCAGAGCUAUUAAGGACAUGCCUUGCUUGGAUUGGAAUCAGAUGCGAAUAUCGUACAUAGACCUUAUGAAGACCCCCUACGACAGACAGUCGGAGCUGCUGCAGAACUACUACUUCUUAUGCCAGUGUGACAGGUGCAUUGAUGAAAAUCAAAUUAAACACGUGCAUGGCGCUAUUUGUUUAAACAAGCAAUGCAAUGAACCUGUCUCAAUACCUUGGAAAGAAGACUGUCUACUCGUCAGAAGACCGGAAAAGACCGAGGUCAGUGAACCGUCAAAUAGUAGAUUGGAGAAGCUAGAAGAAAAUUCCACAGAUUUGGUUGAAAUAGAAGAAAAUGGUGUGGAUGAAAAAGAUGCUUUGCAUUGUAAGGAAUGCGGGACGAAGUAUACUGAGAAACAUGUUGAUGUCUUCGUGAAGACCAUGGAGUUCACACAUGUGCAUUUACAGAAUAUGGAGAGAGCGUCCGUGGCUUAUGUCGAUGUAUGUCAGUACUGCCUAGAUAGACAGGAGGGUGUGCUACACCCACUCAACGUAAUGCACGCUCAGACCCUGGACCAUGCCUUCGACGCGCUCAUACAGGUGCAGCUGUGGGAGAAAGCUUGCGUGUACGCUGAGAAACUCAUUCCCUGCUUUAGAUUCUACUACGGCGACAGAAACCCACUGCUUGGCCUGUUACACCUGAAGUACGGCAAGAUACUCCUGUUCAAAAUGGACAUUGAGAAAGCGUUAGCCCAGUUGAAAUGUGCUGAAAAAAUAAUAAAAAUGACACAUGGCGAUAGACAUCCUCUUUACAAAGAACAAUUACUGCCUUUACUACAACAAGCAAUAAUGGAGUCUUGAGAUUAUGGUGCAGUGCCUAUCUAGGUCAUUUUAGUAUUUAAUGUGAUGAUUGUGAAAGAUAAUAACUAUUAAGCAAUGUUCUAAGAGAAAUUUUAAUGAAUUUUGUCCACUUAUAAGUACAUUCUUCUUUGAAUUUGUUUUACCCUAAAUGGGGGAGUGUUUUUUUGUUGGCGCAAAUGUAGGAAGGUGUAUUUUUGUCCAAUAACAGCAGCUGUCGAAUAUUGAAAGUCCAAUGGUGUAACACAACCUAAUUCCCUAUUGGACGAAGAACCAGAGGUGCACACUAGCGCCGUGUGUUGCGCAAAAAAACCGGUAUUUUUUGCGCAUUAGGUACUCAUUAGGCAUCACAUAGGACAUUAGAGAAUUGUUAUAUAGUAGUAUUUAUUAAUAGUUAACUAAAUAAAGACAAUUAAGUACUACUUGAUAACUAAAUUUAUGAAUGUCUUGUCCAGUCAUGUGAUGGUUCCUUCUUAAAAUGAAAAAAUCUCUUUUUGAAACUAUUUAGAUGUAAACAAAACAAAGCAAUAUGAACAACGUAUACCAUGCCAUAAGUCUUUAUAUUUGAAUUUAAUCUAUAUUAACUAGCUAAAAGGGUUGCAAUAUGCAAUAAGUUAUAACCAACUUUUGCCACUAAGAUUAGUCUCAUUUAAUAGGUGUAAGGAAACAAGACCUGGAAACCCAGUAUGCAAAAGCUUCCGACAGAAAUAACAAUUGCAGGGAAGAAAAAUAUACAAAAGUAUGAUAUGUACCUACCUUUUUUAAAUAUUUACUAUUGUCUUGUUCUAAAUAUGUAUAAAUGAUUGUUAUGUUGUGGGCUAACUGUUUGAUCUUCACUUUAGCAUAAUUAUGUGGUCACGAUGAUGGGAAUGAUUGUCAAAGUGUAUAAUCUUCUGUUUCCAGUACAAAAUUAGUUAAUAUUGUCAGAUUGAAUAGUAAAGUGACCUUACAUAUUGAUAAUUGUCAAUUAUUUUAUAAGUCACAAGGCUGUGUGUGCAAUAAAUUGGGUUAAGUUGUCAUAUUUAGAUGCUUUUUUUAAUAAAGAAAUCAAGUCACAA